AAUAUAUAAUUAAUAAUGUUGACUAUUCAAUAUGAAAGGGUUCGAUAUAAGACAAGUAAAAAUAUAAUUAUAUAUUCUACCAAUACUAUACAAUUAUUGUAAGAUUUAAUCUUGCUGUCACUCCAAAAAUGUUCAAACAUGUUAGGAGGUUUUUAUUUUGAAAAUUUUGACCGGAAGUAUUUGAGUUGUAUUAUUGCUAGCAUAACUGGUCGCUCAAACACAAUCAGUUUGUUUGGUUGCAAAUGAAACGAAAUUGUGUACUAAAUGGGAAGAUAUAAAUGUGCCUACAACUGUGAAAGCUCCAGCGAGUCAGAUGUGAAGUAUUUUAAGUUUCCCCUGUAUAAUCCCCGAAAGCUCAAGAAAUGGCUUAUGAACAUGAAGUGGAAGGACUGGACCCCGUCUCGCUUCUCCGUGCUGUGCAUCGAUCAUUUCGAGGAGCAGUUCAUUGACAGAACAGGCAAAUGUGUGAAACUACGAGAAGAUGCCGUUCCCACCAUAUUUUCAUCCCCUGGCAAAGCACAGAAAAGAAAGGCUUCCAUCAACCGAAGAAGUAAGAGAUUAAAGCCACCUGCAGGUGUUAAAGCCUCACAGACGAGUCCAGCUCAGUCUCCAACGACAGCUCAAGCCACGGCAAGGAGAAGAGUCCAGAACAAAGAGCCCAGCCAGACAGAAGAAGAGCCUGCUGGAGAGAAAGACCCAAAACAGUCAAAUGACAAAUGGAGGAUUAUAGUCGAUGAAGGGCUGAUGAAGAUAGAGUCGUUUCCACAUUUCUUCCAUGGAGAUUACUGCACACCACGGGAUAUUCAGUGGGCUCCAGAUGAUGAUUUGAGUACAGACUGUGAAGAUCCUGAAAAGGUGAUAGAGGUGAAAGAGCCGUGGCAGUGGCUCGGUCUGGAUGUCAGAGGGCCGCUGCCCCAAACACUCAGUGCACACAAAUACAUCCUGACUGUGACGGACUACUACUCCAAGUGGGUGGAGGCUGUGCCUAUGCAGUCGUGCCUCCCUGCAGAUGUGGCGAAGCAGAUCGUGGACAUCAUCGCCCACUUUGGAUACCCGCUCAGAAUCCUCUCCAGACUGCCUCAUGACAUCGUCCACAAAAUCAACCGAGAACUGAAAGAUCUGCUGAAGAUCACCGUCGCUCUUGUUGUUUAUCAUCAGCAGACGGGCACCAUGGAUUUGAUCACACAGCAGCUGAUCGACAGGAUGGUAGGUGAUCUAGCAGAGGAGCAUGCAGCUGACUGGGAUGUCUACCUGCCUGCCAAGGUUUUCAGUCUGUGUUUCAAAGAGCAUUCAAAGACUAAGGAGAGACCCUUCUCAGUGCUCUGCUGUAGGGGACUGGAGCCUGUUCAGUCUCCAAGAGGACUAGAUUAUGCUUAUUCCAAGAUCCGAGAAAGCGCUUUCGUGGUUAGAUAGAUGAAGUUCAUUUGGUCAAUUGAUGUGGAAAUCAAACUGGUCUUGUUUUUAUUAAUAAACCAAGGAGGAAGAGUAUUUUUUGGUCAUGGUAAAGGGCUGGAAUUCUUCAGAACUUCAUGGCCACAGCGGAAACAUGAUAACCCUGAUAAUUUGACCAGGAUGAGGACUUUGUCGACAGGUAUGGCAAAUACCUGCAAAUUCUUACAGCAUCCUCCGCUCUCCUCAAUGACUCAAUGUCAUUUUCAACCCGUUCAAUCUAACAUAAUUUUUGGUUUUGACCCGGUUUUGUCCGUCAGCUCAGUAGAAAGCCAUUUUCAUGCUUGUAUAUUAUUUUUCGAUAUAUUCAGAAUUUAACAUUGUACUACAAUGAAUUGUCUUAAAAAUGCUAUAAAAAUGUAGCAGAAUGACUUUCGUUAUUUAUGUUUUACAUCAGGAUUAGUUUGUACCUGAUUGUUGUUGUUUCAUCUGUAUAAAAUGUAAAAAUGUAAAUAAACUUGCUUUAAAUAAGAA